AGGGGGGCGGGCGCCGUCGUCGUUGCCGAAUCCGCCCGCCGCUUCGCUGACUGACGAGUGGGUCCGCGAGGGGAUCCCCAUCACACCUCAGCGGCUGCAUAAUUCGAUAGGGCCGCUCUCUUUCUCGCCUCCGCCGCGUACUCCGACCUCCUUCCGCCCGACGAUCGCUCGCCAUGGACACCGAGUACUGCGGCCUGCAGCAGGGGAGCUCGUCGUCGUGCCGGACGGCGGACACCGCGCCGUGGGGCGCCGCGCAGCAGCAGAAGCGGCAGCGAUGCCAGGGUUCUUCCAGUGACCAGGCUGGAUCCAGCACAAGCAAUUCUUUGCAAGUGUCUGAACCAGAACCACAAGAUUUUGACUCUGGAGAAAAUGAGGAAGAAGAUUACUAUAUGGAGGAUGAUUGUGAUGAUGACGAGGGCUAUGAUGAAGAUGAAUAUGAGUUCGACGAAGCUGACUUUAACCAGCAUCUUGCUGAUAAAUUUGAUGAUUUAGAUCUGCCUCCUGGUGUGGAGGCUACUGUACCAUGGCUGCAGAAAAUUGCAGCCAAGGAAGAAGCCGAGGAGCCAUCUGAUACAGAUACUGCAGACGAGAAUAUAAAGAAGUAUAAGCAGUUCAAGCAGUUUGAUACUGUCCAAAAUUUCUCUGACCAUCACUAUGCUGUAAAGUCACAGGGAGAGCCAACCAGAGCAUGGUCGAAGAGAAUUCAACAUGACUGGAAACUUUUGGAGAAGGAUCUACCAGGAUCUAUUUAUGUCCGGGUUGCUGAAGAUAGAAUGGACCUUCUUAGGGCUGCAAUUAUUGGGCCUAAGGGAACACCCUACCAUGAUGGGCUUUUCUUCUUUGAUGUUCACUUUCCCCCUUGUUAUCCUUCUGGCCCUCCAUUGGUAUAUUACCACUCCGGAGGACUUCGGAUUAAUCCAAACUUAUAUAACUGUGGAAAAGUUUGCCUUAGCUUACUUGGUACCUGGAGAGGCAAAGGUUGUGAGAAGUGGAAUCCAACUCAAUCAACGAUGCUGCAGGUUCUUGUCUCCAUUCAAGCUCUCAUUUUGAACGAGAAGCCAUACUUCAAUGAGCCAGGAUAUGAGGCCAAUGCCAACACUCCACAUGGAGAACGGAAUGCUACGGAUUAUAACGACAACACCUUUCUGCACUCAUGCAGGACGAUGUUGUACUCACUUCGGAGGCCUCCUGAGCACUUUGCAGACCUCGUUGCGGGCCACUUUCGGGUACAUGGGCACACCAUCCUCGCAGCAUGCAAAUACUACAUGGAGGGUAAUAAUGUUGGCUCAGCAGUCCCGGAGGAGGAAGAAGAAUCAGAAGACAUAAGCGGCAACGCGGCAGCAUCCAGCAGUAGCGAUGCACCAAAGCCACAACCGAACAAGGCAAAUCUUCUAACUAAACGCACCACAUUCAACGCCAGCUUGAAGAUGCUGUUUGAAGAUCUUCUGAUGGAGUUCAAUGUGAAGGGUGCUGACACGAGGAAGUUCCUUGCUGAGAAGUUGAAGAAGAAUCAACCUGCAGCCUGAGAGGGAAAUUAUGGAAGGCUGCAGGUAAAGGUAGUUCCUAAGGCGGAGAAGACGGAGUCUCCGCAAGUAAGUAGUAGAAACAAAUUGGGGGAUGCUUUUGCCUAGCUGCAGAAAAGCUUUUGUAGAUAGCUCGUGGUAAUUAUUUGAUUUCUUAGGACAUGGACUUGUUCACUGAGAGUAUGAUUUAGGUAUCAUCGAGUGGAGUGCCGAGAUUCUGACGGCACCAUAUUCAAUCUAUUGACACACUAAGUGCAUUUUGGACCUCAUAAAUAGAUAUAUAUAUGUGUGCCAGGUAUAGCUUUUACUAAA